AUGACUCUUGUCAGUCUCGGGCCUUCCCUAGUCCCACUGCCUCUGUUUCCCCUGAGUUUGAUCUCUGUUAGGAGAGUUAUAAGAUUUCUGCAUUUCUCUAUCUCCGCAUGACGCUUGCCUUCUCCUCUUAGUUUGGAACCUGUGGAUUGUAGGAUGCUUCUGAGUGCAUGGGGGCCUGAGUUGGAGUGGGGAGGGAUGUUGACUCAUCAACAGCAUCAUUUCUCCCAGGAGACACCCAUAACUCAUCCAAGGUCAGGACUACACACUCUCAUGCACACAGGUACACUCACAGCUUUUAUCUUCACACUCCCUAACCUUCGCAAAUUGUACAAUUUCUUUGAAGCUCAGUUUCCUCAUCUGUACAAUGGGGAAAAGUAUUAGAUUAUAUGAAUUACUACAAGUGUCCAAUACAGUGCUUAGCACGUAAUGAAGCCUCAAUACAAUGUAGUUAUUCUCCUUGCCCCGCAAAGCUGGCAUGCCUAGCCUCAGACCUACCAUUUUUGGGGUGCAGUAAAGCUUCCUGUCCACCAUGUUCCCAGGGACAUUGUACUGAUGGGUGGAAAGGCAGGUCUAAAGGGGUCACAAAGUUCUGGGAGGUUAAGGGAACAAGGGAGGAGAUUAAGCAACAAGGAAAGAGCUUGCCAAGAAGGAAGUGUGAAUAUUGGGACUGAGGAGGCAGCUUAGAGAUGGGCAAGGGGGACAGUUCCAGGCAGAAAUGGUUCGUGGAGGCAGAAGGUCCCUGGGAGAGGGAGCAGUCUGGAGGGUGGGGCAGGGGAGAGGAGGGGGAGGUGGGGAGACCCAGGACUGAGGAAGUAAACAAGGGGAGCGCCACCACAGAGGUGGAGGGUGCUGCUGCUGGGAAUCAACCCCCUCAGACUUUCCACUGCGAAGCGAAACUGUAAGCCCUGGGGUGCGGGGGGUGGGCCGGGAGGAGGGGAAGUGGGGAAGGUGGAGGGAAGGCCGGGCACAGGGGUGAAGGCCCAGAGACCAGCAGAACGGCAUCCCAGCCACGACAGCCACUUUGCUCUAUCUGCUCUCCACCACGACGCUGCUCUGUUCCCUGGGACACCCCCGUCCCCACUUCCUCAGGCUGCCUGAUCUGCCCAGCUUUCCUCUGGAUUCCGGCCUCUAGUCACCCCUCCCCACCCUCUCUCCAAGGCCCUCUCCUGGUCUCCCUUCUUCUAGAUCCCCUUCCUCCACCUCCCUCUCUGCAGAACUUCUCCUUUGCCCCCCACCCCCCGCCACUGCCCCCUUUCCUUUUCUGACCUCCUUUUGGAGGGCUCAGCGCUGCCCAGACCAUAGGAGAGAUGUGGGAGGCUCAGCUCCUGGGCUUGCUGUUUCUGCAGCCGCUUUGGGUGGCUCCAGUGAAGCCUCUCCAGCCAGGGGCUGAGGUCCCGGUGGUGUGGGCCCAGGAGGGGGCUCCUGCCCAGCUCCCCUGCAGCCCCACAAUCCCCCUCCAGGAUCUCAGACUUCUGCGAAGAGCAGGGGUCACUUGGCAGCAUCAGCCAGACAGUGGCCCGCCCGCUCCCGCCCCCGGCCAUCCCCUGACCCCCGGCCCACGCCCGGCGGCGCCCUCCUCCUGGGGGCCCAGGCCCCGCCGCUACACGGUGCUGAGCGUGGGUCCCGGAGGCCUGCGCAGCGGGAGGCUGCCCCUGCAGCCCCGCGUCCAGCUGGAUGAGCGCGGCCGGCAGCGCGGGGACUUCUCGCUAUGGCUGCGCCCAGCCCGGCGCGCGGACGCCGGCGAGUACCGCGCCGCGGUGCACCUCAGGGACCGCGCCCUCUCCUGCCGCCUCCGUCUGCGCCUGGGCCAGGCCUCGAUGACUGCCAGCCCCCUAGGGUCUCUCAGAACCUCCGACUGGGUCAUUUUGAACUGCUCCUUCAGCCGCCCUGACCGCCCAGCCUCUGUGCAUUGGUUCCGGAACCGGGGCCAGCGCCGAGUCCCUGUCCUGGAGUCCCCCCAUCACCACUUAGCGGAAAGCUUCCUCUUCCUGCCCCAAGUCAGCCCCAUGGACUCUGGGCCCUGGGGCUGCAUCCUCACCUACAGAGAUGGCUUCAAUGUCUCCAUCAUGUAUAACCUCACUGUUCUGGGUCUGGAGCCCCCAACUCCCUUGACAGUGUACGCUGGAGCAGGUUCCAGGGUGGAGCUGCCCUGCCACCUGCCUCCUGGUGUGGGGACCCGGUCUUUCCUCACUGCCAAGUGGACUCCUCCUGGGGGAGGCCCUGACCUCCUGGUCACUGGAGACAAUGGCGACUUUACCCUUCGACUAGAGGAUGUGAGUCAGGCCCAGGCUGGGACCUACACCUGCCAUAUCCGUCUGCAGGGACAGCAGCUCAAUGCCACUGUCACAUUGGCAAUCAUCACAGUGACUCCCAAAUCCUUUGGGUCACCUGGCUCCCUGGGGAAGCUGCUUUGUGAGGUGACUCCAGCAUCUGGACAAGAACGCUUUGUGUGGAGCCCUCUGGACACCCCAUCCCAGAGGAGUUUCUCAGGACGGUGGCUGGAGGCACAGGAGGCCCAGCUCGUUUCCCAGCCUUGGCAAUGCCAGCUGUACCAGGGGGAGAGGCUUCUUGGAGCAGCAGUAUACUUCACAGAGCUGUCUAGCCCAGGUGCCCAACGCUCUGGGAGAGCCCCAGGUGCCCUCCAAGCAGGCCACCUCCUGCUGUUUCUCAUCCUUGGUAUCCUUUCUCUGCUCCUUUUGGUGACUGGAGCCUUUGGCUUUCACCUUUGGAGAAGACAGUGGCGACCAAGAAGAUUUUCUGCCUUAGAGCAAGGGAUUCACCCUCCGCAGGCUCAGAGCAAGAUAGAGGAGCUGGAGCAAGAACCGGAGCCGGAGCCGGAGCCGGAACCGGAGCCGGAGCUGGGGCCUGAGCCCAAGCCGGAGCAGCUCUGACCUGGAGCUGAGGCAGCCAGCAGAUCUCAGCAGUCCAGUCCAAAUAAACUCCCUGUCAGCAGCAA